UCAAUAUUGUGGGCGAAUCAUUUGUGGUGAAUAAAUCUGGAAAAAUUUGUUGUCAAAAAUCAAUUUAAUCUAUUCAUUGGUCUAGUUAAAAAAUGCCAGGAAAGAGCACAAUUCCAGAUCGAAGUACUACGGUUCCAAAAACAACUGGCUCUUCAUCAUGUUCGACUAAUGCACCUCCAUUACUCGAUGAACUUGAUCGUGAAUUACGAACAUUGUUGAAACAGUUUGAUGGAAUCGCUGCUUUUAUCUGUGACCGUGAAGGUGCAUUUCUAAUCAAAGUUAUAAACGAUUCCAAACCAGAUGGAAUAUUUCAACAAUCAAUGUUGCAUCAGAAAUUAAUCAAUUCCAGUGAAAAUAUUCACAAAAUGAAUCUGGAUGCACCUUCUAAGAUUCUUCUCGAAUAUGAUCGUUAUCAAAUAAUGCAAUUCUUUUCAAACAAAUUCAUCGUUGCUUUUGUUGCUUCCAAUCAAUGUCCCACUGGAACAUUGUUUGCUCUUGAACCAGAUAGUUUGGCUAUAUUCCAGAUACUUCGUGAUCAUUUUGAUUAAAAUAAAAAGAAAAAUUUUAAAUUUUUUUUCAA